GAUCUAAAGAGGAUUGCCUGGUUGAAGCUUGACAUGGUCAACAUCAGUGGAGUGGGACUAACGCUUUAUGUUCGCACCCUGUGGCUGUUCUUAUUCACAGCGGUCCUCUUCCGUAUUGGGAACAGCGCUUCUUUGAGUAUGUACCAACUGGUGUGGGGCCAGUGGUGUACUAAUCUUCUUCGUGCAGAUGGUGCCGUGAUCUGGGAGAAUUUGGCAACGGAACGUGCCUUCAGUCUGCUUCGUUUGUACAUCGUGAUGAUGUUGCUUUACCUUUUCCACGUGCAUGGGCAAGGUGGCAAGCAAUACUUGUUUGACAAGACCCACGCGGCUUUCUUGGCUUCGGGCUUCCCACCUGAUGCGACUGAGGAAGACAUCACAGCUUUUCUAAACAGUGUCACCAGUCUUGGUGGGCCACACAGGCCCGGGAUAGUAGGAGUUUCGGUGGGCUACGACUUUGCCGUCCAUGCCCCGCUGUUGCAAGCUCUGGUUGAUGAGCAUCUCAUGGAUGUGGCUUUCUCGCAGGAGGAGGAGCAUCCCACAGACUCGGAAACCGAUACUUCCUCAGCUUCCGAAAGCUUUCACGUGCGCAGCUCCUUAGAAAGCCAGAGAGCAGCAGCAGCGGCCUUCGACCCCGACUGCCAAACCGCGGAGGAUGUGCUGAGAGUUCUGCAGGAGUUGCAGAACUCAGGCACUGUAAUCGUGGUGUGUCGAUAUCCCUGUGACACGGCCGAGGCGCUAGAACACGUGCAGCAACAGCUAGAUAGUAGCUUGUGGGAUGGCCGUCAUCACAUUACGGUAAGCCGCAUAGAUUGCGAGCCACCUUCCAUCAAUUGGCAGCACUUCUCAGUUGGCCUUUUUCAAGGCCAGCUUCAGCAGAGGCUGGAAGACUGUACUUCCAGGUUCUUGCCAUCCUGCAACAAGCGGCAGCAACGGCUAUGUGUGGCCAAUGCUAUCAUAAUUGGAGCUUUUUUGGCAAUGCUUGCCUUCUACACCUUCCUCUAUCAUCAAGUGUAUGCCAGAAGCAAAUCUCCCCAGAGGGUGUUGACUUAUGUUUGCACAGUAAGUUGUGCUCUUGGCAACGUGCUGCUAAAUCAGCUUGUUUGGUUUGCCUCGCAGCAAGUUGGGUUCCGGUUCAAGUCACACAGCGACUCCUUUGUGCUGAUGUGGUACACGAUCGUGGUCCUAACGAACAUGUGCUUCAAUUUUCUCGUGAUCUGCUGGUCUGCGGGGGCGAGGCCCGCUAACGAAUUUGCAGCAUUAAGGUACGAAGAGCAGCUUGCCAAUCGGUUGGCGUCUUUUGUGAGAGGCUCAGUUCUUUCUUACGCCCUUUGGCCGUUGUUCUAUCCCUUUCAUUGGGUACUGGGCAUGCUUCAGCUGCUCUACUUCCAUCUGAGUCGAGCGCGCCUAGACUUGACGGAUGAACGCUGCAAGUGGAAAGCUGAACAUGCAAUGGAGCCGCCGGAGUGGUACAUGCAAUAUGAUUAUGCAGGCCUGACGGUGCUGAAAACCACCUCCUUCAUGUGCCUUUUUAUCUCUGGCGACGAUGUCCGUGAGAUAUUCUCUAUUGACAUUGUCUGGGUUUUGUGCACAUACCUCUUGAACAAGUACAUAUAUCUGGUUCUCAGCAAGGAAACAUAUUUCACCAACCGGAAUCUUGACACGAUUGCUUUGAAGUCGUCUUCCUUGGCUCUUGGGGUCCUUGCAGGUUGUGUUUGCCAUUGGGGCUUUCGUUCUCGGAGCCCGAUUGGGUUCGUAUUAAUGGUGGCCCUAGUAUCGGGUGGGUAUCUGCGGGGGUUCGACCUUGCCCUAAGCUGGGCAAAGGAAAGAAGAUCCCACACAGAGCGGGUGUGGUAUGAUUCGGUUCCAUAUGAGGACAUCGAGCGGGUGUAUCCCUUCAACUGGUGGAACGUCAACCCAGCGCAUAUGAUGCGCUUAUUGCACUUGACCCCGCAGCUCUUACGUGGUCAGAAGUUCCUACACCAGCGUGUGGCCUGGCAACACGGCAAGAGCUACCUGCAGCCUGAUUUGGCGCUGGAUUUCGUAAACACCGAGAGCCGAGAUAGCGAAGAGGAAGAAGCUGCGGAGGUCGGAACCUUCCUCAAUGUCUUGAAGCUCUUUUUCUUGGGGAAUUGCUGCCCUAGGCCCUGA